AAUAUUUUAUCAUUUUUGUUUAAAACAUUUUAUUUGCUUGAGUUUUCAUUAAAAUUAUCAAAUACUCUUUUAAGGUCACUUUAAGGCUAUGUACUGUAAUUUAGCUGUUGCAAUCACUAUUCGUCUGUCUUUCGUCAAUCAUGUGUCAUCAAUGUUAAGCUUGUGAACACUAGAUAGGCAAGAUUAAUUGCCCAAGCGGCUGGAAACUUGUUCAGAAGAUUUGUUUGAAUGGUACCUCAGACAAGUUUGAAACUAGAUAACGUAAUUUAUGAUAGCUGCUCAGGGAGAGCAAACCUAUAUUAUUGAUUUCAAAGAGUGACGAACAACAUGCGCAGGGCUGAAACGAGUCUUGAACAAAAAUAUGGUCAUGUUUAAUAAACGAGGAUAAAAGGAAUAUUCUGGAUCAACAAGCAAGGCUUAGGAGUCAUUAUCACAAAAAUAAUGCUUUAUAAAUAAGGAUUAAAGGAACUUUUCUGGGUAGGCAGCAAUGUUGUCGAAAAAGUUACUCGCUAAAACUGACUCCAAUGCGGACGGAUAUGACCCGCCGGAGAAAAUGCGAAACCUGUCGGAUGAGGAUUUUAUCAAGAAGGCCCGUGCCGGAAAUAGACGGCAUAGUGUACAGCUUGACAAGCGAGUCACUCAGCAGUUCCUGGAUGGCGGUAAAGUGGAUAGAAGGUCUAGUAAUGCCAGCUCGUAUGGCGGGAGUACAGACUCGCUAUCCUCUUACACUGGCAGUUCCUCUGAUGAGGAAGAUGAUGUCAACCCGAGAGAGAAACAACAGCAAAACACCAAAGGGUUCACUGACUUCUGUGUGAAGAACAUUGACCAUGCAGCCUUUGGCAGGAGGGAGAUUGAGAUUGCAGAGCAGGAGAUGCCUGGUCUGAUGGCAUUGCGCAAACGAGCGGAGAGUGACAAGCCCCCGCUACAGGGUGCCAAGAUCAUCGGCUGUACACACAUCACUGCUCAGACCGCGGUUCUGAUUGAGACCCUUGUGCACCUUGGAGCGUCUGUUAGGUGGGCUGCAUGUAACAUCUACUCCACCCAGAACGAGGUGGCCGCUGCUUUAGCUGAGUCCGGUUACCCAAUAUUUGCCUGGAAAGGGGAGACGGAGGAAGACUUCUGGUGGGCAAUUGAUAAAUGUAUCAAUGCUGACGGAUGGCAGCCAAACAUGAUCCUGGAUGAUGGCGGAGAUGCGACCCACCUGAUGCUCAAGCGCUACCCGGCACUGUUCAACAUGGUGAAGGGACUGGUGGAGGAGAGCGUGACCGGUGUACACCGCCUGUACCAGCUCUCCAAGUCUGGCAAACUCACCGUGCCAGCCAUGAACGUCAAUGACUCUGUCACCAAGACCAAGUUUGACAACUUGUACAGCUGCAGAGAGUCCAUCUUGGAUGCAUUAAAGCGUACAACGGACAUCAUGUUUGGUGGCAAGCAGAUUCUUGUAUGCGGGUAUGGAGAGGUGGGAAAGGGUGUCACCUCUGCCCUCAAGGGCCUCGGGGCUAUUGUGAACGUGUCAGAGAUUGACCCCAUCUGUGCACUGCAAGCCAGCAUGGACGGCUACAGGGUUGUGCGUAUUGAAGAAGUGGUGAAGAAUAUUGACGUGGCGAUCACGUGCACGGGAAACAAGAAUGUGAUCACUCGUGCGCACAUGGAUCGCAUGAAGACUGGUUGUAUUGUGUGCAAUAUGGGACAUUCCAAUACAGAGAUUGAUGUGAACAGUUUGAGGACACCAGACCUGACCUGGGAGAAGGUCCGGUCUCAGGUUGACCACAUAAUCUGGCCAGACAGCAAACGCAUCAUCCUCAUUGCUGAGGGUCGUCUUGUUAACCUGAGCUGUUCCAGUGUUCCCUCCUUUGUGGUCUCCAUCACAGCUGUAACACAGGCUCUUGCGUUGAUAGAGCUGUUCAAUGCACCAGCUGGCCGAUACAAGCAAGACGUCUACCUCCUUCCAAAGAAAAUGGAUGAGUAUGUAGCCCUGUUACACCUGCCCACAUUCGAUGCCCACUUGACAGAGCUUACUGAUGAACAAGCUAAAUACUUGGGUCUGUCUAAGACUGGACCAUUCAAGCCGAACUACUAUAGGUAUUAAGCAAUCGGCAAUUGUGAUAGAAGAUCUACAGAUCUGCCCUUCUAGUUGUUGUACUCUUACUUAGACUACACAUACGGCUGCAAUGUAACCUAAUUGUGGUUACCUUUGGAGAUCAACACUUUGUGAACCUAUCUUAGUUAUAGCAUGACCAUUUGAUUUUGUUGAAAGGAGGAUUUCAUUAUAACAAUUAUUUGAAUAAGAUGCCAUACUUUUCAUAUGAAUUUGUUUGCAAGUAUCAAAACUAGCAAAGGUGACUCAUUUUAUUACAGAUAUUGCUUUCAAUAAUUGUACCAUAUCUUUGUGAAUGUAUAAACAUAGAUAUAUUUAUUUUGUCCUUAUAAUGAAAAAAGAUAAUAUGGAAUUAGAAGAAGUCAUUUGCAUUUAACCUGAUAUGUGUAAACUUUGGGUUCUUUUAUUAUAAGCAUCAAGUAAAUACAAAUAAUCAACACAUAAUUUCAAGCACCCAUCCACGCUACUAUCAUCCCCUACGUCAGUGAAUAUGCAAGCACCAUUAGAAGCCUUUUGAAUGUCACAUUUAUUUCAAUGCAAUAAGAGACACAUUUGCAAGACUGAGAAAUAGCAAAAGAACAUUCCACAAUCAAUCUAACAAAUUUGUCAAAUGUCUGGAAUUAAUGUUGUUCAGCUAUAACACUUGUUUUUUGAAAAUUUAUUGGAUCACAAAAUUUCUUUAUAAUUUUUACUAAAAUUUACUUUCUUUGUGAUUUAUUACAAAUGGACUUAUUUGAUAAUAUUGAAGGUGUUCCAAUAAUACCGGAUUGCUUGGCAUAAAUAGAGUACAGUUAUUUGCUGCUGUAAACUUUCUUUAUACUAAGAAUUGAUAGUUUACAUACAUGUACUAAGUUAACAUACAUGUGCUUUUGUAUAUAGUAUUACUUUUCAUUCAAUCAGGAUCCAUAUAGAAAUAGUUGUAUGCUUAUGAAGUAUUUGUCAAAAAGGACUCCAUGCAUUUGAUUGAACAAAUCCUUGGUGCCCAUGUGGUUGUUUCUAGAAAGAAGAAAUGAGAACAUUACCCAUUUAAUGCUGGUAAUGCAAAAUUGUGCUUGGGCUCCUUAUGUAAGAACUUGAGCAUGGAAUAUGCAAGGAGUUAAAAGUCCAAUAUGGGAUUUAAAUUGUGUACAUAUAGUUCGCUUAUAGCCUGGAGAUUCAUAUAUUUGGUGUAUGUAAAAUUAGUGUGUUAAAUUAGUACGAUUAUAAUUGAAGCCUGUAGCCUCUUUCUAUAAGAAUAGAAGUUUUAAUUAUUGUAAAAUAAAAUAAACAAUAUGAAUUUAGUUUAAUAAGUAUAUUACGGACAGGUAUUGAAAUAUAAAGGUUUCAUUUGUUGGCAGGAAUAGAAAAUAUUCAUCUACAUCAAUAUAUGCAUUUUUUUUUUAUUAUCAUUUAAUUUUGUAUAUUUAUGUUAAAUGACCAUGACUGUGGCCGUGGUUAUUUCACUAGAUCUGUAUGUGUGUAUUUGUCAUCAUGAUUUGUUUGAAAAACUAAAACUUUGGAAUAUUUUUUUGGAUCUCAUUCGGUAAAGGACUUGUUCUUAGAUUUUCCUAUUUUUGACAACAUGUUUGAAAAUUGUCUUUUUAACAAGUUCCUUUAACUAAAUUUGUCAUUCCCAAAACCCAGCAAUAAAACUAAAUAAAGGACAAAAUUGACUAAUGAUGUAUCAUGUACUUGAAAAUCUAAUUUUGAGUGCAUUAACAUUGUUUACAAAAAAUGUACUAAUGAAUUCGCCAUAUUAAUGUUUUGCAGACCUUAAAAUGGUGUAUAAUAUUGUUGUUUGCAUAGUAACAAUUUUGUGAUAAAUCUACCUGUAGUCAAUUUUUUGUUUUUUGCCAAGUUUUCUAGGCAUUGCAGUUUUUGUUACUAUUUACGCACGUGAUUUCUGCUAUAGUGAAACUGGUCAGAAAAUCAUAGGCUCCAUAUUAUUUAAAUCAGAAAGAAAAUAAAAAUAAACUU